AUAUCUGUGCGACGUUACAGCAAUUGUUUGCUUCACAUGUUUCACCUCGAAUGCUAAUUUAGCUUGGAAAUAGACCAUUCUCAUUAUUUAACCUUUCACAAUUGACAUAUAAAUGCCCUUUGUAUGACGCAAGUAUAAGUACCCUUUCUCAGAGAGGUGGACUUGCUCUCACUUAAUGUUAUCUGUGGUGACAUGUUUAGAUGUAAGUUCUCUAUUAUUACGACAUCUCGGUGAUGUUUGCAUUUGUAGCGGCAAAACGUGAUUCAACUAUACAAAUAAGAUAUAUCGAGACUCUUGGCGUGCUGGUCAACACGUCGUAUCAGUAGAUUUACCGCGAAAAGAAUUACUGCAGAACUGCCGUGGAAGGUAACUCGUUUUUUUCUUACCAAACGAACGCUUCGGGCAUGUCAGAAACAUCCAUCAACAGUUCCCUUUCAAAUAGCCUACAAUCUAUAGACGGACAAAAUAUAACUAAUGCCAUUCGUAAUAUUUUGGUGAUCAACUGUGUGGUGAAUAUUCCCUUGGCUUUAACAUCAUUUGUUGGGAACACAUUGGUGUUAUAUGGAGUAUGGAAAACACCAACUCUUCGCUCGCCCUCUAUUAUCUUACUGUGUGGUUUGGCACUCUCUGAUCUAGCAGUUGGUAUAGUAGCACAACCACUUUUUAUCGUCAACAAUUUGCUUCGAGUGUACUCACAAUCCCAAAAUGUUAAGGACGUCUUUUCGAGUGUCUACAACACGUUUGGGUACACGUUAUGUGGAAUCUCUCUCUGCACAGUAGCUGUUAUAAGCCUAGACAGACUGAUUGCCAUUGAGAAGGCCCUUGAGUAUCCUCGUCUGGUCACGAUCCCUCGGGCGAAACGCGUUCUUGUAACGAUUUGGAUAAUGUGUGUUCUUUUGCCAGCCUUGCAGUUAAGUAGCUUAUACAUUCGAGUGAGCGCAAUUGGAAUCGUAACUUCGAUUUGUCUCGGAGUUUCCACCACUUCUCAUCUGUUGAUUUACAAAACGGUUCGUUACCAUCAACGCACGAUUCAGAUUCAGGUUCUAGCGGUGGGAAAGAAUACGGAUGGCAGUUUGGACAACAUGUUGAAGUAUAAAAAAUCAGCGCUCAAUUCUUUUAUAGUAUUUCUUGUACUUUUUAUCUGCUAUUUUCCAUAUUUUGUUGUUUACGCCAUAUAUUCGCAAUCUACGAUCAAUGGCUUCCUAGCAAGAGGGCUCACCUCAACAAUCGUGUUCGUGAACUCUGUGGUAAAUCCAUUUCUUUACUGUUGGCGACUGCGUGAAAUUCGAGAGGCUGUGAAACAGACUCGUCCUAAACUUUGAUUUUUGUACAUUUGUUAUUGUGUUUUCACUGAAAAAAAAUCAACAUGAGUACAGCCUUAUGGGCAAUCUCCAGAAUUUACCCUAUUCAGAGCUUUGGAGGUGAUUUGGUGUGAGAAAUAAAGCGCUUAAUAGCGAUUGCGAAGAUUGAAAUAGGGGGUCCACACGAACUUCAGAAAUUUCAAAGGAGUCUAGCCAACCCUUGGCUUGUUGCAGGAGCCGCUGAGAGCCAAAUAUCACCAUCCUCAGCCAUACCUGGUAAAGAGGAGAGAGAUCCAACACAGGUAUGGAUUGCAGCCACCCUACCAUGAAAAAUUGCGGGCUUUUUUUUCUUCUUACCGAGGAUAGGAAAAUUGAGAAAAACGUUUUAGUACUUUAAAUGAGGGACAGCAAAUCGAUCUUCAUGGUACCAGGGUAACAGGUGGAAUUACGUUUAAAGACUUUAAUUAAGUGGCACCUGGUCAUACUCUCCUACAUUUACUCUCACAACAGGAACAACAAUACAAGGACCAGGUCUUGUGCUUCCUGCAGAAGUAACCAGACUCGACUAUGGGGUCGUUUAAAGACUUAAAUUCAGUGGCACCUGGUCACACUCUCCUAUAUUCACUCUCACAACAAGAGCAACAAUGCAGGGACCAGGUCUUGUGCUUACUGCAGAAAUAACCAGACUCGACUAUGGGGUUGAUUUUGAUCAAGACUAAGAAACUUCUAUCAACAGAUCCCUUUCAGAGUUGACCAGUACAAUUAUCAACUCCAUCUAUGCAGACGACCUUGAAACUACAAUAUAGUGUCCUUAAUAUUAGGACUCCGUAUUUAACGAGUUUCUUAUGGAAAUUAGCUGCCAUCCGUAUCAUCGGGUUCUUUAAAAUAGCAAGAUGUCCUUGAACCGAGAGUUUACUGCAUGCACUAUACAUUGAGAUAUUGUUUGAAGAACGAGGAACAGAGAAAACUUAGAAGCUUAUUUUCUCGACAGUUCAGACUGUCUACUUGUGUAAAUCUUUUCCAUUUAACACUCUCAAAGCAAACCUCUCGAUUCGUUUGCAUUCCACUUUCACCGACAGCCACUGCAUUUAAGUUGGAAAUUGAACCCAAAUUUUUUUAUAGGAAUGUUAUCCCAGUCUCCCCUCAGAGAAAUCGAUUACCAUAACUUAUGGAUUAAUCUUUCAUUAGUGAAGGGUUUUCACUGCCUCUACGUAAUCGGCUGUAAAGUUUUUAUGAAGGCAAACACAACUCAAAACUCUAACUCCGUAUUUGGGCUAGAAUUUCACCUGUGUAAUGUUACUGUUUAGCCAGCUAAUAAACCGCGC